AUGGAUCCGUUGUAUUUCCCCUCUGCCCUGAGCAUGGAGUCUGGUUCUCCGGAUGCCAAUGCCUCCUUGCGGGCAAACGCGACUAACAGUACUUUUCCGGGGUACCCCAUCCCCCCCGAAGUCCAGACCAUCCUCAUUCCUAUCAUUUACCUCCUGGUUUGUGCCGUUGGACUGAGCGGGAACACCCUGGUCAUCUACGUGGUCUUGCGUUACGCCAAGAUGAAAACGGUCACCAACAUCUACAUCUUGAACUUAGCCAUCGCCGACGUGCUGUUCAUGCUCGGUUUGCCGUUCCUGGCCACCCAGAAUGCCAUCUCCUACUGGCCCUUCGGUUCCUUCCUAUGCCGCCUGGUUACGGCGUUCGAUGGCAUCAACCAGUUCACCAGCAUUUUCUGCCUGACUGUCAUGAGCCUGGACCGCUACGUCGCCGUGGUCCACCCCAUCAAGUCCACCAAGUGGCGCCGUCCAAGGGUCGCCAAGUCGAUCAGCGUGGCGGUCUGGACGCUCUCCUUUUUGGUGGUGCUCCCGAUGUUCAUCUUCGCCGACGUCCAGGAAGACCUGCACUUCUGCAACAUGAACUGGCCAGACCCCAUCGACAUCUGGUCCGCCGUGUUCAUCAUCUACACGUCCGUCUUGGGCUUCUUCGGCCCCUUACUGGUGAUCUGCCUCUGCUACUUGCUGAUCGUCAUCAAGGUCAAGUCAUCCGGCAUCCGAGUCGGCUCCACGCGGCGCCGGCGCUCGGAGAGGAAAGUGACCCGGAUGGUGGUCAUCAUCGUCCUGGUCUUCGUCUUCUGCUGGCUCCCCUUCUACAUCAUCAACAUCGUCAACUUGAUCUUCAUUUUGCCCGAGGAGCCCAUCUUGGUGGGCGUGUUCUGCUUCGUGGUGAUUCUCUCCUACGCCAACAGCUGCGCCAACCCCAUCCUGUACGGGUUCCUCUCAGACAACUUCAAGCAGAGCUUUCAGAAAGUCUUGUGCCUCCGCAAAGGGAACGGUGUGGAAGACGGCGACCCGACGGAGCACCGCCUGGAGAAGAGCAGCCGCCUGCAGGAGGUGAUGUUGCUCCAGAGGAGCAUCGACUCCAAUGGGCACAUGCAGACGAGCAAGGUGUAG